CACUGAUUUGAGCAGGUACCAAACCACAUGGAAAGUAGCCUACAUUGUUCUUUUAUCAAUGCGUGUCAUUCAAUAAAUCGGAACGGAAAACACUGUUAAUAUUUCUUCAAUAUUUUGUUUAUUGUUCAGACGGUCUGAUUUGCUCUCGUUUUGAGUAGUUUCAGAUUUUCUCAAAGGUAGGAUCCUCGCGUAAGACCAAUGUAACCAUCCAGUAACGGACUUCAAAACAGCUGACAUCUGCUAAAGGUUUCAGUCACGGUGAAAUUGUAUGUUUCCCUCAAAUACAUAUAAAAACACGAAUUACAGCAAACACGGUGUGCUGGGACGCUCUUAGUAGCCUAUAGCUGUUCUGCAUCAGCUGCGUUGCAUAUAUGAUCAAAUGGGCUCUGUGGGCGGUGAGCGCACUGCAUCGCUUCAGUUGUGCAGCCCAAUCUGAGCUGGGCGGUGCGCUCUAUCAUCGAUACCACCGGUCACUCGCAUAUCAACGCCGUCUUUACUACGGAAGACACCGUUAGAGGAAUCAUUUGCCGAAUUACUCAAAGAAGAUACAAAGGGGAGCAAAGUUAAGAAGAAAACGAGCCCUUAGAUUUCCCCCCCUUAGCAUCACUUUUGAAUUUACAGCGCAACAGCUACUGGUCGCGAUAAUCUGAAAAUUCUCCUGGAUUUCCCCCCCUGAUCAGUGGAUGGAGUUGUCUGGAUAAUGAAGAGAAUAUUCCUCCCCUGAUAAACACCACGCCGACGAUUUGAUAAGAUGUUCAGGAAUAAAGUUAUCCUCAAGGUGUGGAUCAGUACGCAAGAUGAAACUGCAACGACAAAAUAGACUGGUGUUCACUCACUUGCCUGCCAACUUGGGGAGCCUGAGGGACUGACACAGACUGGCACCCUUUGGGAGCGCUUUCAAAAGCUCCACUGGAUGAGGAAGAGGAGGAGAGCAGACAGGAUUAUCUCUCACCUCUGUGUUGUCCAAAGCCGCCUUAAAGGGAUCCGCAUGGUCUGGUGGGGGAUCAACAGCAGGAAGCCAAGCAGCACUGCGCUGCCCACCUCAACUCCAACCCGACAUGCAGAUCAGGGCUCACACUUAAGAGGUUGGCACAAUCCACAAGAAAUUGUGUUUUUUUUUUCUCUCCAAAACUACAGCUUUGAGUGAUGAACCAAAUCCGACAGGAUCCUUUCUACCUUCUUGAACUAUUGGGUUGAUAUUCUGGACUCUUCAGUCUAAAUUGAGAAAGAAAACGGAAACAAAGAGAAAACAAUAAAUAAAGAAUAAUUCGUAAGUACAUGCGGGUUUGGACGACUGCCAUGUCUCCAGUUUCUGCCAGCCGACCAGCCUGGCUCGGCCGUUACGGCCUGGCGUCAGUCCUCCUCCUCCUCCUCCUCUGCCAUGUCCUGGCUACUCUAGCCGCGAAGCCCAAGGGCCCGGGCCACACGCAUCUGAACUCCAUCCGCAUCGACGGGGACAUCUCGCUGGGGGGGCUCUUCCCUGUGCACGCCCGCGGCCAUGACGGCAAGGCCUGCGGUGAGCUGAAGAAGGAGAAGGGCAUCCACCGGCUGGAGGCCAUGCUGUUCGCGCUGGACCGCAUCAACAACGACCACUCGCUGCUGCCCAACAUCACGCUGGGCGCGCGCAUCCUCGACACGUGCUCGCGGGACACCCACGCCCUGGAGCAGUCGCUCACGUUCGUGCAGGCGCUCAUCGAGAAGGACGGCUCCGACGUCAAGUGCCUGGGCGGCGGCUCGCCCAUCAUCUCCAAACCCGAGAGGGUGGUGGGAGUCAUCGGGGCGUCUGCCAGCUCAGUGUCCAUCAUGGUGGCUAACAUCCUCCGCCUGUUCAAGAUCCCCCAGGUGAGCUACGCCUCCACAGCACCCGAGCUAAGCGACAACACCCGCUACGACUUCUUCUCCCGAGUGGUGCCCCCGGACACCUACCAGGCCCAGGCCAUGGUGGACAUUGUGAAGGCCAUGAACUGGAGCUACGUCUCCACGGUGGCCUCGGAAGGCAGCUACGGAGAGAGCGGAGUGGACGCCUUCAUCCAAAAGUCCAGAGAGGAUGGGAGUGUGUGCAUCUCACAGUCUGUGAAAAUUCCAAGAGAGCCAAAGCAAGGAGAGUUUGUGAAGAUCAUCCAGCGAAUCUCAGACAACCCUAACGCGAGAGUAGUGAUUCUCUUUGCCAAUGAGGAUGACAUAAGACGGCUCCUGCAAGCUGCAGAGAAAGAGAAUAAGAUCGGCCACUUCUUGUGGGUGGGAUCAGACAGCUGGGGGUCAAAGAUCUCUCCUGUGGAGCACCAAGAGAGAGUUGCAGAGGGCGCCAUCACCAUCCUCCCAAAACGCCAGUCCAUAAGAGGAUUUGAUCGCUACUUCAUCAGCCGAACACUGGAGAACAACAGGAGAAAUAUCUGGUUUGCCGAGUUUUGGGAAAACAAUUUUAACUGCAAACUCAGCCGACACCCCUUGAAGAAAGGCUCGGGAAUAAAAAAGUGCACAAAUGAGGAAAGGAUUGGGAAGGAUUCCUUGUAUGAGCAGGAGGGGAAAGUCCAAUUUGUGAUUGAUGCAGUGUAUGCCAUGGCACAUGCGCUUCACAACAUGCACCAGGACCUGUGCCCUGGAAAAGUGGGACUGUGCACCAAAAUGGACCCUAUCAAUGGCACUCUACUCCUGAAAUAUAUCCGCAACAUCAACAUCUCUGGCAUUGCUGGCAAUCCUGUGCUCUUCAAUGAAAACGGAGACGCUCCAGGCCGCUAUGAAAUCUACCAGUACCACAGGAGGAACGGAUCAUCUGAAUACCAAAAAAUUGGUAACUGGACUGACCAUCUUCAUCUCAAUAUCGAGGAGAUGCAGUGGCCUGGCGGCGUGCAGAAGGUCCCCACUUCCAUCUGCAGUCAGCCGUGUAAGCCAGGAGAGCGCAAGAAGGUAGUGAAGGGCAUGCCCUGCUGCUGGCAUUGCGAACUCUGUGACGGCUACCAGUACCAGCACGACCUCACCAGCUGCAAGAUGUGCCGCUUCAACCUGCGCCCCAACGCCAACCACACAGGCUGCCAGCCCAUCCCCAUCGUCAAGCUGGAGUGGAGCUCGCCGUGGGCCGUCAUCCCAGUCCUGCUGGCCAUCGUGGGCAUCAUGGCCACCCUGUUCGUGGUGGUCACGUUCGUCCGCUACAACGACACGCCCAUCGUCAAGGCGUCCGGCCGCGAGCUGAGCUACGUGCUGCUGACGGGCAUCUUUCUGUGCUACGCCACCACCUUCCUGAUGAUCUCGGCGCCGGACGCGGGCAUCUGCGCGCUGCGUCGCAUCUUCCUGGGCCUGGGCAUGAGCCUCAGCUACGCGGCCAUGCUCACCAAGACCAACCGCAUCUACCGCAUCUUCGAGCAGGGCAAGGUGUCGGUGAGCGCGCCGCGCUUAAUCAGCCCGGCAUCGCAGCUGGUCAUCACCUUCAGCCUCACCUCCGUCCAGCUGCUGGGCGUCUGCAUCUGGUUCACCAUGGACCCCUCGGAGGCACUCAUUGACUACGAGGACCAGCGCACCAUCAACCCACAGCUGGCCCGUGGCGUGCUAAAGUGUGACAUAUCGGACCUGUCCCUCAUCCUCCUGCUGGGCUACAGCAUGUUGCUGAUGGUCACCUGCACGGUCUACGCCAUCAAGACCCGCGGCGUGCCUGAGACCUUCAACGAAGCCAAACCCAUCGGCUUCACCAUGUACACCACCUGCAUCAUCUGGCUGGCCUUCAUCCCCAUCUUCUUUGGUACCUCCCAGUCCGCAGAAAAGAUGUACAUCCAGACCACCACGCUGACCAUCUCCGUGAGCCUGAGCGCCUCCGUGUCCCUGGGCCUCCUCUACAUGCCCAAGGUGUACGUGGUGCUGUUGCACCCGGAGCAGAACGUGCCCAAGCGCACGCGCAGCCUCAAGGCGGUGGUGACCGCCGCCACCAUGUCCAACAAGUUCAACCCCAAAGCCAGCCUGCGGCCCAACGGCGAGGCCCGCACCGAGCUCUGCCACAACCUGGAGACACAAGGUGAUUCCCUCUGAGUAGCAGCCCCCCCUCUUAACUGAGCCGCAGGCAGGCAGAGGAAGCCUUUGGUUCCAAACAGACAUACAUAAGCUACAGUAAUCAUGCACUCUGAGGAGGAUCCCCACCGCGAACAACAGAUUGACUUCACAGAGAGCAGCUCUUCAGUUUUAGGCUGUCCAACCGGUAAAGAGAUAAAAUAAAUUGGCAUCCCAUGGACUUCUCUGGUGAUGGCUUUCUGAACGACCAUAGACUGAGGUGUGGGCUUGUCCAAGAAGACCAGAAGAACUUGUCCAAGACUUGGAAUGUAAGCUUCAGUAUGGCAGUUUCACAUUAGUGUUUUUGUGUGUGUGUAUGUGUGUGUGUGUGUGUGUGUGUGUGUGUGUGUGCACGUGUUUGUGUGUGUGUGUGUGUGCGUGUGUGAACAUGUGUGUGUGUGUGUGCACAGUAAUUUCACGAGCAGACAGAAAGGGAGGAUCUCUCCAGAUGGACUGCUUGUUUCUUCUAUGAAAUCUGCUUUAUCAGCUGUGGGCCCUCCCCAUCUAGUGUUUCUGCUUUCAGUUCAAAAACUCUACAGGUUUGUGCAGUCUUGUGGUCUGCCGAUCGACCAGUGAGCAUCAAGCAUUGCCUUUUGAUGCUUUUUAGAUAUUGUGGUGGGUAAGUUGGGAGAAACACAAAUGUAGACUGUUGGAAUCAGGGUUAGUGUGUAUGUACCCCAAAGAAAAAGAGCCGCUCCGUGGAGAUAAGGAAUCGCAAUCAUGUGAUGACGACUGAGCAAAAUACUCCUGACUCCUUCCCCUAACGUGUGGAAACAAUGUGAACGAUCGCAGCAAAACACAUUUUGUCAAUGUUUACAGAUGUUGAGCAUGUUGGUUUGAACAUCCCUGUGUUGUGUUGUUAAAAAAAAAAAAGAAGAAGAAAAAAAAAAAGAAAGUGGAAUGCAUUCAAACUGUUGCUCUGUAGGCUACCACUAUUUGGUCCCUGGUCAGUUGUUGGUGAAAUGAACGUGGUUAAGUGACAGAUCUGAGUUUAUAUAUGCUUGAGGGACCCUUCGUUAUAAAAGUGAGUAGGCCUUUGGUUUUGCAGAGAUGGCUGCAAGGCUUUCAUUUCCACUGGCAACAGUUAGCCCAAGUAAGUAGACCAUACAGACAUUGCAGAGGAGUUAUUGUUAAUAGCAGCCCCUUUCAAAGGUACAAACAUAUCAAACACAGCUUCAUGAACGCGCACAGAGGUGUCACCGGACAACCUCAUUUGGCAGUUAGCCUACCCUGACUGCAAUAAUGGAAAAGAAAACAUGCGAACCAUAACCACACCGCAGCUCAUAGCAGGUGUAUACGCUGAUAUUUUCACUAAUGGACACUCUUUUCUCUUUUCUCAUCACUGUUUUCAUGAGAGGUUAGUGGCCACUUAGGAUAGGAACGACCUAUGAAAGAAAUUAGCAUCCCACUACAACCAGUAGACAGCACGGAAAUCAGCAAAGGUCAGUAUAAAUCCACCAAACUCGGCAAAGCACAAGACCAGUAGCCUAAUGGCCUUUUUCCUUUGAAGACCAGGGUCAGCUCCAGACUUUUGCUGGGGCUUAAGCACCGGUGAAUGGCCUCUGUCUUCUGUUUCCAUUAGUUCCAUAGAGUAGUAAUCGAAGAUUCUAGAGCAUUUCGCACUGCUCUAUAGUCUUUGGUUGUCAUAUUGGGGACAUGUGCAAACAGAGAACAUAAACGCUCGAAACUUCUACGUGAGUACAAGUAACAUAAAUUGAAACGACUUGAUAUUGUUGGAAAACAUGUUGUCCUUGAUUCCUUUGAGUAGUUUGGAUUUAUCCGUACAUAGUUUUUCUUUACAGAUACAAGCCAAGUGAUUUAUGUUGCUAAGCAACCUAAACCAAUUGCUACCCAUCUGUUUUUACGCUAGCUGUCUGUUGUCCCGCUCCAGGACCGAACUAAGGCCUUUUGGGCCAUGGCCCUGGUCCAGACUCAGAGAUGGAAACAGAAAAAAGUCAGAGGUGUUUCCCUGGACACCGGGGUUUUAACCCAUAGUGGAAAUGUGCCAAAGCAAAGAAAAGCACAAGGGCAGAAUAUGUAAGGCAAACAUGACAAAAAAGUAUUCCAAAAGUGUUCCAAUAUACAGCCCACAAAAGGCACAAUGACACGGUGGCUAUGAUAACUGCCUUGGAUGCACAAACUUGGCUCGGCCCCUGACAAACACCUCUGAAACAAUUAACAACACUCAGACAGCAAGAAGAAGCACAGUUGCUAAGGUGAGCACCAGCAAUUUUAUACUGAGUAGUGGGGAAAGCCUGCCAGUGGGAAUGAGAAUUGAAUAUUUCCACUGCUGUCCACUUUGACUCAGUCAGCCUCAUUCGGUGAAAAGACAGAUUGUAUAGGGUACAUAUAUUAAUGGUUUGGGAAGCUGCAGACGGGAACAACAGGUGUGAGUGUGCAGAAUAUGAUUGAUUGAUUCAUGUGUAAUGUCUGUCAGCUAUUUGCUAAAAUAGAAACAGCUGUUGCGAUUCAAAAUUGAAUGGUCUCGUUUUUUGGUUCUCCUUUUCAGAAAAUAUUGGUUGUUUGUGAUGUAAAUUCAAUGACUUGCUGCUUCUGUUUUUCUCCUACAUUUGUUUCAGCUGAAUAUUUGUGUUGCAAAGCAAAACUUGUUAGUGCUGACCAAAACUAAAUGACAAGUUCAUGUAUGUUACUAAAUGGAUUGGUAAUGUUUGCGUUUUGUCCUGACAGCUUAAAAACAGAAGAAAAAAAAUAAAAAUAAACGAAACAAGUAAAAAUGAAGCAGUGCCUGGGUAUCUAAUGUAUGAUGAACAAAAGUAUUUGUUAAAAAAUUAAAACAAAGUAUGUGGAGCAUGUUCAGUUUUUAUACAAGAACAUAUUUCUAAUAAAAUGUUUUCCAAACCAAGUUGGGUGGUCAGAGUAAUGUUUUAGUAGUGUCAUUGUCAACAUAAAUAUGAACCUGACAAGUAUCUGCAGGGUUGAUUGCAUAUUCAUAGUUAUGGUUUUGAAUAAUCAAUGGCACACAUUUACUUAUGAUAUAAGUACUAUAUGAGUUUACACAAACGUCUAAAAGUGUGUUGCGAUUACUACUGAACUGUGGCUACAUGUAGGUACAACAAGGCAAACGAGAAGUCCAGCCACAAGAAAUAAGAGUACAGUCACAAAACCACACAGAGAGUGUAUGUGUCCUCUGUAAUCCAUUCAUGUUUAUUCUUUUUCGCUUCUGUGCAAAGGCAUUUACAUGAUACAGUUUGCAGUAACAUACUAGUGUGUUAUUUUUGAAGACUGAUGUCUACUUGAUGUAAGGCAUGCAUGGACUUGGUAAGCAAACUAACCAUAACAGAGAGAAACAAUUAUAGGAAACCUUUGACAGAAUAUUCACACACCGGUUGAAUUUAAACCGAUUCCAAUCCCUUGAGUUAAAGUGGUAGAAUAGUGUAGAAUGAGCAUAUUGCAUUUACACAGCAUUUCCAGAUGGUAAGCCUUUUUUUUUUUUAAAUAACAACAUUAUCAGAGCUGUGCCCCUAGGGGAUGUGACUGCAAUGACCAGAAUAUUUGCCAGAUGAUCAUACUUGAGUAAGUUCUCACUGUAAAAACCGAGAUCACAGGCUUCUCCCUUGAUGCUUGCCUUUAUGUGACUAAUGAGUGGAAAGGAGAGAAGCAAUCCGCUGAUGUCAUGGAUAGUAAUGGUGGCAUGAUCAAAACCUCACUAUUGCCUGAAGAUGCUGGAGUCAUUAGUCAUGUCAACCAGCCUCUCCAAUUAUUUAGACAUAUUGUCCAGAAUGGCCAUUAAGGGCUCUCCCUGGGCCCGUGCACCUGCAGUCAGGACGGGGGUAAUGAGGCAGGCCACCAAAGAGAAUGCCAGAGUUGCUGCCUGCCGUCGUCAGUCGAGUUAGUUAUAUCCAUUGCAGAAAUGGCUCAAUAUGAAGCUAUAGUUGUUCAUCCUGUAUCAUAAUUGCAGAGUUAGCGCACGUACAGUACCUAUAGGGGAAAAUGACUUGUAGGGCUGGUGAUUGCCUGUCACUUCAUAUGUGGCCUUCUUCUUGGCUGAAGCUGUCAGAGUCAUAUAAGCAUUCGCUUUCUUUUUGACUUUCACGAUAGCAUCAGCUGCAGAGAUCAACGCAUCAGCUGCACAGGUCAACCC